AUGCGAUCUUAUAUCCGAGGUGCCCCGCCAAGCCUCUCCCCACCCUUGAAAAUCAGAACCGCUCUUCUCUCCCUCUCCCGCUCUCGUGGGCGAGUCAACCCCACCGUCGCGUCGGCGACGGGUAACGGCGCGCCAGCGUCGCGCGCGGCGAAGCUGGUGGACGGGAAGGUGCAGGAGGGGCCAGACCUGAGCGUGGAGGUGAACGGACUGCGCCUGCCCAACCCCUUCGUCAUCGCGUCGGGGCCGCCCGGCACCAACUACGUCGUCAUGAAAAAAGCCUUCGACGAGGGGUGGGGCGGCGUCAUCUGCAAGACGCUCUCCCUGGACUCCUCCAAGGUGGUCAACGUCACUCCGCGCUACGCGAAGCUGCGCGCGCCGCACUCGCGCGACGUGAUAGGGUGGCAGAACAUCGAGCUGAUCAGCGACCGGCCGUUCCACGUCAUGCUGGCGGAGCUGAAGCAGCUCAAGGCGGAGUACCCCGAGCGCGUUCUGAUUGCGUCGAUCAUGGAGGAGUUCAACAGGGACGCGUGGGAGGAGAUCAUUGGGCGCUGCGAGGAGGUCGGCGUGGACGCGUUUGAGAUCAACUUCUCGUGCCCGCACGGCAUGCCGGAGCGGCGCAUGGGCAUGGCGAUGGGGCAGGACUGCGAGUUGCUGCACGAGAUGUGCGGGUGGAUCAACGCCGCUGCUCACAUCCCCGUGUGGGCCAAGAUGACCCCCAACAUCACUGAUAUCACCCAGCCAGCGCGAGUGGCACUGGAGGCGGGGUGUGAGGGAGUGAGCGCCAUCAACACCAUCACGAGCGUGAUGGAGGUCAACCUCAAGACGCUGCGACCAGAACCAUGCGUUGAGGGCUACACAACGCCAGGUGGGUACUCGAGCAAGGCAGUGCGCCCCAUAGCCCUGGCGCACGUGAUGAAGAUCGCGAGGAUGCAGGCAGAGAGGUUUCCCGGGCAGGGCAAGUCGCUGUCUGGCAUUGGGGGCGUGGAGACGGGGGAGAAUGCUGCUGAGUUCAUCCUGCUGGGAGCUGAUACGGUGCAGGUGUGCACGGGGGUGAUGCUGCAUGGCUAUGGCCUUGUCAAGUCGCUAUGCGGUGGCCUGCAGGGAUUCAUGGAGCAGCAUGGCUUCACGUCCAUCAGUGACUUUAAAGGGCACUCACUGCAGUACUUCACAACGCACACGGACCUAGUGCGGCGGCAGAGGGAGGCGGUGGAGCAGCGCAAUGCAGCCAAGCGAGGCCUUGCCGGGUGGGCCGUGGAUCAGGCGAUUCUGUCGGAGGAGGACCGCGUUGUCGUCAUUCGCUUCGGCCACGACUGGGAUGACGUGUGCAUGCAGAUGGACGAGGUGUUAGCGGGAGUGGCGGAGACAAUAAAGAACUUUGCAGUGGUUUACCUGGUCGAUAUCUCAGAGGUCCCUGAUUUCAACACCAUGUACGAGCUCUACGAUCCCUGCACAGUCAUGUUCUUCUUCCGUAACAAGCACAUCAUGAUUGAUCUGGGCACGGGAAAUAAUAACAAGAUUAACUGGGCGCUUAAAGACAAGCAGGAGUUUGUUGAUAUUGUCGAGACAGUUUAUAGAGGGGCGAGGAAGGGGAGAGGUCUGGUGGUGUCGCCAAAGGACUAUUCCACCAAGUAUAGAUACUAG